CCGUCGAGCCGAUCGUCCUGUCCCAAGUCCCAGUCUUUUCCCGUCUCGCUUCGUUAGUAGAACUAUCUCUCUCGAUACAUCAUGGCUGACAUAUCAAAAGAAGAUCUUCGCAAAGAAAUUGCCGCUAUCCUUAAGGAUGCGGACUUGGCUGCAACAUCCACCAAGAAGGUGCGCCAGGAAUUGGAAGAGAAACUGGAGGUCAAAUUGCAAUCCCGUAAAAAAGAAAUUGACGACCUUGUUAUGGAAUUUGUGAGCUCCAAAAAGGAAGGAGGCAGUAAGAAAAAGGGAAAGAAAGAUGACGAUGAAGAGGACGAUGAUGAGGAAGAAGCUGCUGAUGAGGAAGAAGAAGAAGAUGAAGAGGAGGUUAGUUCGGAUGAAGAUUCCGAAGCUGACAAGAAAAAGAAACGCUCUUCCACUGGCAAGAAACCAACUGCUAAAAAAGCUAAGAAAGGCUCUGACGAUGAGUCUGCCAGCGAAGGUAGCGAAGGAGAAUCUGAGGAAGAAUAUUCUCCAAAAAAGGCAGCAAAACCAGCCAAGACUCGCAAGCUUCCCCCCAAGAAGAAGAAGGGUUCUGAAUCCGAUUCUGAUGAAGAUUGGGGUAAGAAGAAGGGAGGCAAAAAAGGUACUGGCAGGAAAGGUGGUAGCGGCUAUACCAAACCCCUGCAACUAUCUCCUGAAUUGGCUGCAUUGGUUGGUGCUGAGUCAAUGGCUCGUCAUGAGGUCGUCAAGAAAGUCUGGUCAAUAAUCAAGGAAAAGAACUUAUAUGAUCCAAAAAACAAACAGUACGCCAUUUGUGAUGACGCUUUAUUGAAGGUUAUCGGCACAAAACGUUUCAGAACGUUUGGUAUGAUGAAGUAUCUUAAAAAUCACUUCGUGAGUUAAUUUUUCGAUACUUACGACAUACAUUAAUAAUGUUUAGUUAGUAAUACACUGAAGGGUUGAUUCUUUUUUUCAAUUUGAUUGUAAGAAUAACUUGGGUUUUUAGGAUUCAAACUUGUUUGAUAGGUAGAUACAUACCUAUAAGUUUAUUGUUAAGCAUAAAAUUUCAAUAGUUACAAAAAUUUGAUAAAAGUCGAUGUUAGGACAAAAAAUUAGCAGAUCAAAGGAGGACCUAUUCCUUAUAUUAUGCCCCAUUCUGAGGCCCAAAUUUCAUUAAAAACAAUGGCGCCGAUUUGGAGAUAUUUCCCAAAUGUCCGUUUUUUUAGCAUAUAGUACAAACUAUGGUUCCAUUAUCCAACAGUUUUGUAGGAAAAGAAAAUAUACGUUUUUGCCAUAAGUACCAAAAUAAUGUGUUCAUAGGGAUCUUUCUUAUUGCCCUUACCAAUUGAAACUCCUUUUUUGGUACAUUGGUUCCUAUAACAAAACUGUAUUUUAAUCGUGGCCAACAGGAAAAGAUAUCAAAAUGUGGUUUGCACCAUUGUUUUCCAUAAAAUUAGGAUCUCAGAGUGGGGGGUUGGUUUUUUCGGAAACCUAUAAAGCAGUUGAAUAAUCUAUAAACUUAUCAACAUCUGGGUUCAUUAAAUUGACUAUAUAAAACAGAAACAAAAAAGUUAAGGAAUACUGAGAAGCUAUGUCUUACAUAAUAAUUAAUAAACUUGCGAUCCAUGUAAUUUGGAUUUUGGGUAUAAGCACAAUGGAACAAAAUUUUACCAUUUUUCUCUUUUUGAGUUUGGGUUUUCUCAAUCCACUAUGUCGAUUUUCAUUUGAGGAGAAGCGUUAUUGCAGGACAUGGCUCAAGCGAAUAAAUAUAUCCUAAGGAAUUUGACAAAACAAUUAGGUGAAUUUACCCAAAAUAGUUUUCCAAUAAAACCAAGGUCAGCUGAUAGGAUAGCAAAACAUUUAUAGUUAUAGGACUGUGCAGGCUUCGUGCAGUGUGUACAUAUAGUACUUUGAAGGUACUACCUACUACAGUAAGACGAUUCAUUAUGGGAUCAAAUAAUAGGCAAUUUGCGUAUACUAAUACUUAUUACAAACAAAUCAAAUACAUUCCUUGUGCAAUUUAUUUCUUUUCUUUAGCAAACUUAACGAGUUUUGCUUCUGAUUUAUAUUUGAAUUUUGGCUUAUUUUGUUGAAUCAGAACCGCUUCAUUGUAUUUCUAAUGUUUAAUACAGCAGGACUAUGUCUUUUUGUUUUUUGUGCUCGUUAAAUGUCAUUUUGAUAAUAAAUUUCCACUGUUUAUUUUUUGGACCAAAUUAAUGAGAUCCCUGGCAAGAUGUUCCCUAAAACAAAAUCGUUUGUGUUUUCGUUUGGUAUUUUUAAAGUGAUAUUUGAGUAUCAGAAUAUCACAUUCGCCUGCUAUUUAUCUAAUCCUAGCGUUUAUUCUUCUUGAUAAUUUAGAUGACAUGUAGGGGAGUCCUGUAGAGUCAAAUCUAAAUGUGUAGUUUUUAAGACUUUAUAUUUUGAUAAUGUGUGAGCACUGAAUUUAGGUUUAUGAUUUUAGUUUUUGUAAUAAGUGAAACAUAAGAAUAUUAUUUUUUUAUAUAUAAGUAAUCUUUUGAAAUGUGAAUUAUGUUGAGUAUUAGUUUGAUAGAAACGGUUCAUUUUAAAUUAUGUAUGUGUGUAACAGAUUUAAUAAAGAUAAUUAUCUCCCAA